AAUAAACUGGAGCUGACGGGGAAGGUGGGGGAGGGGGCUCUUCUCUUGGACUUCUGGGUGCUUCGUUCUGCCUUUUGGUGAGGUUUAACUCCGACGCCGGGUCCUGGAAGCCAGGGGGACCCCUAACACUGUUCUGGAAGGAGAAAACAGCUCGUGUGGUGAGCGGUUCAAGUUGCGGAGGGAGUGCGCGCCGGGAGCUCCCCCCCCCCACAUCCCGGCGAAUGGUGCGGCCCUGAGCGGGUCUCGGAGCCAGCCCGACGUGUCUGGGAGAGGCCCCGGAGGGGGCGGGAGGGUGGCCCGCGGGACGCGGGUUCUGUGGGGAGACGUGGGGAACAUUUGAUUCCGAGAAGAGGAAGAGCCCGAGUGACCGGGAGCGAGCCGGCGGAGAGGGAGGGAGGGGGCUGCCAAGAUGGCGACAGCCUCCUCUGGGCCGUCGUCGGCCGGGUUUCCAGCCUUUGAUCCUGGGGUGUCUUCCUCGACCUCAGCAGCAGCACCUGGAAUCAAGAAACCCUUGGCACCUGAGGUGCCUUAUACCUCUAGUGUGUCCAGCAAGAAAAUAGGCCACAGGGGGGUUGAUCCCUCAGGAGAGACAACAUAUAAAAAGACAACCUCAUCAGCUUUGAAAGGUGCCAUCCAGUUAGGCAUUACUCACACAGUGGGAAGCCUGAGUACCAAACCAGAGCGGGAUGUCCUUAUGCAAGACUUCUACGUGGUAGAAAGUAUCUUCUUCCCCAGUGAAGGAAGCAACCUGACUCCUGCUCAUCAUUACAAUGACUUUCGUUUCAAGACCUAUGCACCCGUUGCCUUCCGUUACUUUCGGGAGCUGUUUGGCAUUCGACCUGAUGAUUACUUGUACUCUCUUUGCAGUGAGCCUCUGAUUGAACUCUGCAACUCUGGAGCUAGUGGUUCCCUCUUCUAUGUGUCCAGUGAUGAUGAAUUCAUCAUCAAGACAGUCCAGCAUAAGGAAGCAGAAUUUCUGCAAAAAUUGCUUCCAGGAUACUACAUGAACCUCAACCAGAAUCCUCGAACUUUGCUGCCUAAAUUCUAUGGACUGUACUGUGUACAGGCAGGUGGCAAGAACAUACGAAUUGUGGUGAUGAACAAUCUCUUACCGCGGUCAGUCAAAAUGCAUAUGAAAUAUGACCUCAAGGGUUCAACCUACAAGCGGCGGGCUUCUCAAAAAGAACGAGAGAAACCCCUCCCCACCUUCAAAGACCUGGACUUUAUACAAGACAUCCCUGAUGGUCUUUUUUUGGAUGCUGAUAUGUACAAUGCUCUGUGUAAGACCCUACAGCGUGACUGUUUGGUGCUACAGAGCUUCAAGAUAAUGGACUAUAGCCUCUUGAUGUCAAUCCACAACAUAGAUCAUGCACAGCGAGAGCCCGUAAACAGUGAAACACAAUACUCAGUUGAUUCCCGAAGACCAGCUCCCCAGAAGGCUCUCUAUUCCACAGCUAUGGAAUCCAUCCAGGGCGAGGCUCGACGGGGUGGUACCAUGGAGACUGAGGACCAUAUGGGUGGCAUCCCUGCCCGGAAUAAUAAAGGGGAGAGGCUCCUCCUUUAUAUUGGCAUCAUUGAUAUUCUACAAUCCUACAGGUUCGUUAAGAAGUUGGAGCACUCUUGGAAAGCGCUGGUACAUGAUGGGGACACUGUGUCAGUGCAUCGUCCUGGCUUCUAUGCUGAACGGUUCCAGCGCUUCAUGUGCAACACAGUGUUCAAGAAGAUCCCCUUGAAGCCCUCUCCUUCCAAAAAGUUUCGGUCUGGCUCAUCUUUCUCUCGGCGAGCAGGCCCCAGCGGCAACUCCUGCAUUACUUUCCAGUCAUCGGUCUCUGGGGAACACAAAGCACAAGUGACAACAAAGGCGGAAGUGGAGCCAGAUGUCUCCCUCGGCCGUCCUGAUGUCUUACCUCAGACUCCAUCUUUGGAGGGAGUCAUUGAGGAGUCACCCAGUGUCUCAGCUGUAACUGCAGAGUCUUUUCAAGUACUAAAUACAAGUACAACCUUGGAAAAGCUUGAAAUUACAGAGCCAGAGUUGACCCAUUGAGCAGCAAACCUUGGAAGACCCAAAACAAGAUUCUACUGUCUCUGUGAUCCCAAGAUGUCAGCCCUUGCCCCAGGAAUGCUGAAUUUUCUUCUUUUCUUGGUCAUCAAAAAAGGAGUAGAAAUUGGAGGCUAAGGGAGCUUUCCAUCUCCUUUUAAAAGAAGAGUCUCGUUCUCUCUCCCUUCUUCUGAGUGGGCAGUAGUGCCUUGGACAGCUGAGGACAGCGGCAUCUCCCCCGCUCCAGAGUUGGGGGACACAACUUUUCAGAUGGCUAGCCCUGGCUUCCACAUUGAUUUUUUUUUUUUCAAGUCCCCAUUUUUCAUUGGGAAUGGGGUUGCUGGACUUUGAUUCUACCAGGAGCUGGACUCUUAAUUUCCUCAGGACAGACUGGCCACCACAUUAUUCCCACCCUUAGCUCUUCCUUUCUGAUCCUUAGAGGAAGACCCCUGUAAUUUUUGUAAAUUUUUUUGGGGGGGGAUUAAUGGUAUUUAAACCACCUCCCAACCUUUUUUAGUUUUCCUUAAUAAAGGAAAAGAACAGCACACAGCACAAUUUCAAGCCAGUUUCAGAUAAAACUCCAGAAGUGUCAAAAGAGGUGCCUCUUGGUAUGCAGAAUUCCUACAGAGAAAUGGAAGGCAGUGAUUGAUCUGUCAGCAGCAGCUCCUUGUAACUUCUCUUUUGAUGAGUUUUUAAGGCCGAAAGAAUGGAGCAAAAGAGACAUGAGUUGUUCUCUCCCUUUGUAUUAAAACAGUGGGGCAGCCAUGGGGCUAGGAGAUGAAAGCCCUUCUUAAGAAGAACCCUCCUCACUGCCAGGCCAUAAUGAUUAGUACUAUUUUGCAGUUUGAAAUGUAUUCUGAUUCUUUUUCUAAAUAUGAAGACCUAGCAAAUGAAUUUUUGACUAUUCUCCAAAGGAGAUUUCUUCUUUGUUCUUCCCAUUUUUUCCAACAGUGUUCCGUUCUCCAUGGAGCUAAGGUGGAGGGAGACACGUGCGUCUGUUGAACAGUCAAUCUAUAUCUCUGAGGAUAGAGAAUAUUCUCUUAAACUCAUGGGGAGCAGCAGACUUUUGCCUUGGUGAGGUCAUCGCUGUGUCAAAUGGCUGCCCCUCUUGUUACAGGGAACUUGGAAACGGGGCUGAUAAACCCUCCCCUCCCCAUGUCUGAGAGCUGUGGUUGUCCAUCUCUUGUUUGAUCCACCACUCUUGUCAGGGGAAGAAGGGGGCGUGGUGUCUCAGGCAGAUUGUUGAAGUCACACACUACUAUCUCUUCUCCAUCCUACCCUACCUUGAUAGUAGGCUAGCCCAUACCCAAGUAACUGUCUAUAUUAGACACCCCCAGCCAGUUUUUGGCUGCCUGUCUUUGUUGCCAUGUUCUUUUUUACAAGAAGGAAAGAAACAGUUCUUGCUAUUUUUUUCAUGAUUUACUAUUUAUGAUGUAUUUAUGUGUUUUAUUCAGGACAGAGUUCUGUAAGGGGUGGGAGGGACUAAGUCUUAGGGAAAGGAAUGGGGACUCGACAUUUUUAUGAAGUGUUACUAUUUGCCUCUACUUUGUAUUGUUCAGAAAUGGCAAAUGCAAUAUAAAAGUAAUAAAUAUAAAUAUCUGGUUUUAAUGUAUAAACUUU